AUGGCUGGGUCUCUGAGGAGUGACUUCCUCAGGCUUUCCAACUACUAUGAGAUGGCUGGGUCUCUGAGGAGUGACUUCCUCAGGCUUUCCAACCACUAUGAGAUGGCUGGGUCUCUGCGGAGUGACUCCCUCAGGCUUUCCAACCACUAUGAGAUGGCUGGGUCUCUGAGGAGUGACUCCCUCAGGCUUUCCAACUACUAUGAGAUGGCUGGGUCUCUGCGGAGUGACUCCCUCAGGCUUUCCAACUACUAUGAGAUGGCUGGGUCUCUGAGGAGUGACUUCCUCAGGCUUUCCAACCACUAUGAGAUGGCUGGGUCUCUGAGGAGUGACUUCCUCAGGCUUUCCAACCACUAUGAGAUGGCUGGGUCUCUGCGGAGUGACUUCCUCAGGCUUUCCAACCACUAUGAGAUGGCUGGGUCUCUGAGGAGUGACUUCCUCAGGCUUUCCAACCACUAUGAGAUGGCUGGGUCUCUGAGGAGUGACUUCCUCAGGCUUUCCAACCACUAUGAGAUGGCUGGGUCUCUGAGGAGUGACUUCCUCAGGCUUUCCAACCACUAUGAGAUGGCUGGGUCUCUGAGGAGUGACUUCCUCAGGCUUUCCAACCACUAUGAGAUGGCUGGGUCUCUGAGGAGUGACUUCCUCAGGCUUUCCAACUACUAUGAGAUGGCUGGGUCUCUGCGGAGUGACUUCCUCAGGCUUUCCAACUACUAUGAGAUGGGUCCUAAGGGCCACAGUCCAUGGACAGGAGUGUCCCAGUUCCUCCAGACCUCCCAGAAGAUCAUCCAGUUUGCCUCAGGACAGGAGGCCCAACCUGGGGACACCAUCAUCUACAUUGGCAGGGCCUUCACCUCUUCCGUAUCCUUAUACAUUGGUCAUGUUGACUUCCUGGAGACGGUCUACAAACAGUCUGAGAGGCCUUACGUCAUCGUGGGACUGCACUUUGACCAGGAAGUGAAUCGCUACAAAGGGAAGAACUACCCAAUCAUGAACAUCCACGAGAGAACCCUGAGUGUCCUGGCCUGCAGGUAUGUAUCAGAGGUGGUGAUUGGGGCUCCCUACGCUGUGGGUAAAGAUCUGCUGGACCACUUCAAGGUGGACCUGGUGUGUCAUGGGAAGACGGAGGUGUUUCCUGACAGGGACACUGCAGACCCUUAUGCUGAGCCUAAGAAGAGAGGUAUCUUCCGUACAGUAGACAGUGGUAACGGUUUGACCACCGAUGACAUCGUACAGAGAAUCAUCAAGAACCGGCUGCAGUUUGAGGCAAGGAACCAGAAGAAAGAGGCCAAGGAGAUUGCGGUGUUUGAGGCGAUGAAAAGCCAGGCAGAGGGAGAGCAGGCCGGGACACGGCCCAGGCAGCACAGUAACCAGAUCAAACUAGUUCAAACCAGACCCAGCUGUCCCAAAACUGAUCCUAAACCAGAGUUUCUCAAACUAGAGAAACUCUGAAAUAACUUUUUUUUUUUUAAUUGCGUUUGGUUCAUAGAACUGGGGUUAUGUCAGUAACCUCCGGUUGCUGCAAGAUGCCGUUGUCAUAGUGAGAGCGGUUUUUGUUUUCUUUCUUCCUAUCUUUUGAACGGUUUAAUCUCCGGUUUCCCUCCACAAUGCCCAGAAGCCUCAGAACAGAGUGGACAAGACCAGGCACUAAAAUCAGAAGAACAACAAUCACUGGUGUUAUUUUCUACUCAGCAGAUCAAACUAAACGAUUGGCUGAUGCUCUUCUGAUCUUCCCAAUACCUUUCUGAUGCAUUUGUCACUUCAAACAAUCCUUCAUAUUGAAACACUGUCAAAUGUACUGUCAACUGAUUUGUAAUAGUUGGUUAUAGUCCCAGUUUAAGAACCAAACAUUGGCUGUUGAUUUCAUCACCUUUUUUUAAAAUGACAAA